AUGGCAACCUUUCUCGACGCGUUGCUGCGCCAGCCCGAGCUAUUCGCCGUCGUUUCUGGCUACCAAUCGGGCGUCUACGCGAACGUCGCAUCUCGGUUCCGCGACUUUCACUUGCACGUGGAUUUUGAACAGACGCAGGGCAUGUACGAGGGCAUCUACUGUCUCGACCCGGAGCUCUUCCGCACCUCGUACCGCCACCCGUACGACCCAGAGACGCCGCCGGAUGUGCUCAGCACCGAGACGCUGUGCCUGAAUUUGCACAACACACGCGAUUCUCGCUUCCCGCUGCACUUGGCGAUCCUCGAAGGCGACGUGGCGGCGACCAAAAGCAUCCUGCGCUGCCGACCGGACCUCGCGUACCAAGAAGCCAUCGAAGCGGCGAUUCAACACAACAAGCUCGAGAUUGCUGCGUUUCUCUUGGACCAGCGCGACGCGCACGGUGUGCAGGAGCUUUAUCGCAACUUUGAAGACGCGUUCCAGCGCCGACCGUCGCGACGUCUCGACGACUGGCUGCCGUCGAGCCGCUCGACGCUCUAUAAGAACGACGCAUCGAUUUUGGCGAUGCUCUGGGCCCACCGACAAUGCGACUGGGACGACAACAGCCUCGUCCAUACCGCGCUCGAGCUCAAAUCAUGGAAAGCACUUGUGUUUUGA